AUGGCGCCUGCCCCAAAUUUGCAGUGUGUUUUGCCAGCUGGUGUGGAGUUCUAUUCAUCAGGCUUUGAUCCCAAUGAUGUCUCAACAUUUCCACGGAGCUAUCCAAUAGUAUUAACUGAGGGAGAUGGGUCUAAAAUUUAUGUUAGCUGCAUUGCUUUUCGAGAUCCAGUCAGUGAGGAUAUUGCUGAGGCUUAUCGUAUACAUGCAAAUUCAUUUUCAGACAAAUGCAUUUGUCUUGUUUCACGCUCACCCAGCUUCCAUGUCCUCCGGGAUGCACUAGAGGAAAUAUUUUCUCUUUGCUUUUCUCCUACUGGAAGUAGCAAGCCAUUAUGGGAUGUUAUAGCAUAUAUGGUAUCAAAUGUACCUUUGCCUACUCCUGGGAAAGAUCGAGUACUUUUUGCUAUUGAGAACUGUCUGCUUUCUGUUGAGGCACCACCGAAGGAUGGACUCCCUCAUGCUGAUAUAUCCUUUCAGCCACUUGUACAGUGCUUGGAUGUUGACAACUUAAUUAGGCUUUUCACUGCUGUGUUGCUUGAAAGGAGAAUUUUGCUCCGGUCAAACAAGUAUUCUCUUUUAACGCUUGCAUCGGAGGCAAUCUGCCACUUAAUAUAUCCCUUCAGAUGGCAGCAUGUCUACAUUCCAUUACUAUUUUUCAGUGGAGUGGACUACAUUGAUGCUCCUACACCUUACAUGAUGGGUCUUCAUUCAGGUGUUGAUACAUUUGGUCUGGCUAUGGAUGGUGUUGUUGUUGUGGACCUUGAAUAUAAUCGUAUUACUACAUCAGAAGAAAUACCUCCUAUGCCAGAGCCAGAAUUAAGCUCUUUGCGUGGUGAGAUUAUGAAGUUAAUGUAUCCCAAAGUGGUUGGAAUAGACCAGAUGAAGGGUAGUUUUGGUAGUUCACCUGAACAUUAUCCUAGAGGUGACAGUAAGCCCUGGGGAGAGCAGCAUGACCUUCAACUUAGGUUAAUAUUUCUGAAAUUCUUCGCAUCAAUUUUGAGUGGCUAUCGUAAUUUCAUUGAAAAUGGUGCCAGUCAUGUCUUUAACACACAAGCGUUUCUGAAGAAACGCUCUAGAUCAACAAACCAACCACCAGAGUCCAUGAUCACACAGUUCUUAGACUCUCAUGGCUUCCUGGAUUAUUUGGAAAGAGGUCUUGGUUCAGAUGAAAACAGUAAUAAUCUUUUAGACAAGUUACAAGAUGCAUGUGGGAGAGGUCAAAAUCCGAUGUCGAUUCUUCCCUUUCCUUUGGCAGAACCUGAGAUCAUAACCAUAUCAGAUCCUGGUGUUGGAAUAGCAGGUUCAGGUGCCAAGUACUGUUAUGACAGAUUUCCUUCGAACAUUAGAACAGAAGAGCAAGAGGAAAAGAGGAAAUCAAUUCUUGCAGCAGCAAGUGGAGCUCUGGAAUAUGCUGGAAGAUAUAAUCCUAGCUCACCUUCUAUUGAUCCUGGUAAAGACCCAAAGGCGGGAAGUCUUAGUCCAAGGUCGAGGGCGGCUGAACGAGAGAGGAUGGUUCUGGACAUUAAAGUGAAGUUGCAGGGGUUGUGGUUGCGCCUUCUGAAAUUAGGGGCAACAGAUGAUCCUCUUUCAUCUUUCGAAUAUGGGACAAUCCUUGCUUUGAUUGAGUCUGAUGCAGAGGGCAUUGGUGGUAGUGGGUUUGUUGAAUGUAUAAGAGAACACAUUCAUUCGGGAUGGCUUGGUCAGUUAACUGAGGAGCAGUUUGUUGCCGUGAAAGAACUGCUAAAAACAGCAAUUAGUCGUGCCACCUCUCGGAAUGACAUGGCAACUGUGAGAGAUGCUCUUGAAGUAUCUGCAGAAAUGUUCAAGAAGGACUCUAAUAAUGUUCCAGACUAUGUUCAGCGUCAUCUCCUUUCUCUUUCAAUCUGGGAGGAAUUACGCUUCUGGGAAGGAUACUUUGAGUUUUUAAUGGACCAGUCUUCAAGCAAAGAGGCCAAUUACGUGACGCUGGUAACGGCACAACUAAUUAUUGUGGCAUCACACAUGGCGGGGUUAGGACUUCCUGACAAUGAUGCUUGGUACAUAAUUGAGACAAUUGCUGAGAAGAACAAUAUUGGCUACAAGCAGUUUAUAAAAUUGAGGGGGUUAUUGUCACAUAUCCAACAACUACGCAUUGGUUAUUGGGGUAUCUCUUCUGUGAAGGUCCAGUCUGUCUCAUCAUAUGCCUUGCCCUCCCCACACUCUCAAGAUGCAGUGGGUGAAAGUCAGCAGCCAGCUGAGGCUUCGGGUGUUGGAAGGAGCUGGGUUCAGAGCAUGUUUAGUAGGGAUACAACAGCAAGAACUAACUCUUUUAGUCGUGUUCGUAGUAGAUGGACCUCUGAUAAUGGUACUUUAGAGAAUGCAAAAAGUGUUUCCUCUCCCCGCAAAUCAGAUUUUCCUGCUGCUGGGCCAAAGAAAGCUCAGUCCGUUGUGCGGAUACUUAGGGGUCAUAAUGGUGCCGUCACUGCUUUACACUGUGUAACAAGAAGGGAAGUGUGGGAUCUAGUUGGUGACCGUGAAGAUGCAGGCUUCUUCAUAAGUGGAAGUACAGAUUGCGCGGUUAAGAUAUGGGAUCCUAGCAUGCGCGGGUCUGAGCUUAGGGCAACAUUGAAAGGGCAUUCAAGGUCAGUCCGUGCGAUUAGUUCUGACCGAGGCAAGGUGGUAUCUGGAUCCGAUGAUCAGUCUGUUAUUGUUUGGGAUAAACAAACGGCUCAACUUCUAGAAGAACUGAAAGGCCAUGAUGGACAGGUCAACUGUGUACGGAUGCUAUCAGGUGAGCGUGUCCUUACUUCUUCCCAUGAUGGCACUAUAAAGAUGUGGGAUGUGAGAACAGAUACUUGUGUAGCAACUGUCGGCCGUUGCACAAGUGCAAUUCUUUGCAUGGAAUAUGAUGAUUCAACAGGAAUCUUAGCUGCUGCUGGUAGAGAUGCGGUUGCAAAUAUUUGGGACAUCCGUGCUGGCAGGCAGAUGCACAAGCUUUUAGGGCACACAAGAUGGAUUCGGUCAAUUAGGAUGGUUGGAGAUACUGUAGUUACUGGUAGUGAUGAUUGGACUGCUAGAAUCUGGUCUGUUUCUCGAGGGACGUGUGAUGCUGUCCUAGCAUGCCAUGCUGGUCCAAUUUUAUGUGUCGAGUACUCGACGCCAGACAAAGGAAUAAUCACUGGUUCAUCUGAUGGCCUGCUCCGGUUUUGGGAAAAUGAGGAAGGAGGGAUAAGAUGUGUGAAGAAUGUAACGAUUCACUCUUCUUCCAUUUUAUCCAUCAAUGCUGGAGAACAUUGGUUGGGGAUUGGUGCAGCAGAUAAUUCCAUGUCUCUUUUCCAGCGCCCUCAAGAAAGGAUGGGUGGCUUUUCUUCCAACACAGGAUCAAAAAUGGCUGGAUGGCAACUCUAUCGAACACCUCAGAGAAAUGUUGCUGUGGUACGCUGUGUGGCUUCGGACCUUGAAAGGAAGAGGAUAUGCAGUGGUGGUCGUAACGGACUCCUUCGGCUUUGGGAGGCCACCAUCAAUAUCUAGUGUUGUACUAUAGAGUUUUGUAAUUUUUUUAUUUGCAAUUUCUGUUAAUCUCCUUAUCACAAUAUAAGCAUGUUCAGGUACUGUUCUCUGCAGUCAAGCUGUUUUACCUCAUGAAGCCAUCUGGUUUCGAGUUGUCGAUUAUAUUGUUUGUUGAAGCAGUCAUACGUAAUGUAAUGUUGUUCCUUUCAGUUGUUGAUUUAAUGGUUCAAGUUACAUAGUUCUCUUUCA